AACUACGCUCCCCACAACCCCUUGCGCCUCGGGCUCGCUGCGGUUGCUUAUGGCCAAUCGGGAGAAGCAGCUGUGGCGGGGGCCGAGGAGGGACAUUUUAAAAGGGCCGGAGAUUGCAGGCGUCAGUGGCCAUGGCGGAUACAGCGACUACAGCAUCGGCGGCGGCGGCUAGUGCCGCUAGCACCUCGACCGAUGCACCUCCUUUCCAGCUGGGUAAACCCCGCUUCCAGCAGACAUCCUUCUACGGUCGAUUCAGGCACUUCUUGGAUAUUAUCGAUCCUCGCACACUCUUUGUCACUGAGAGACGUCUCAGAGAGGCUGUGCAGCUGCUGGAGGACUACAAGCAUGGGACCCUGCGCCCAGGCGUCACCAAUGAACAGCUCUGGAGUGCACAGAAAAUCAAGCAGGCUAUUCUACACCCAGAUACCAAUGAGAAGAUCUUCAUGCCCUUUAGAAUGUCAGGUUACAUUCCUUUUGGAACGCCAAUUGUAGUUGGUCUUCUCUUGCCCAACCAGACACUGGCAUCCACUGUCUUCUGGCAGUGGCUGAACCAGAGCCAUAACGCUUGUGUCAACUAUGCAAACCGCAAUGCUACCAAGCCUUCUCCUGCGUCCAAGUUCAUCCAGGGCUACCUGGGAGCUGUCAUCAGUGCCGUCUCCAUCGCCGUGGGCCUUAAUGUCCUGGUCCAGAAAGCCAACAAGUUCACCCCGGCCACCCGCCUUCUUGUCCAGAGAUUUGUGCCGUUCCCCGCUGUAGCCAGUGCCAAUAUCUGCAACGUGGUCCUGAUGCGGUACGGGGAGCUGGAGGAAGGCAUCGAUGUCCUGGAUGGUGAUGGCAACCUCGUGGGCUCCUCCAAGAUUGCAGCCAGACAUGCCCUGCUCGAGACGGCGCUGACGCGGGUGGUCCUCCCCAUGCCCAUCCUGGUGCUCCCCCCUAUCGUCAUGUCCAUGCUGGAGAAGACGGCUCUCCUGCAGGCACGUCCCAGGCUCCUCCUCCCCGUGCAAAGCCUUGUAUGCCUGGCGGCCUUCGGCCUGGCCCUGCCACUGGCCAUCAGCCUCUUCCCGCAGAUGUCAGAGAUUGAGACAUCCCAGUUAGAGCCUGAGAUUGCCCAGGCCACAAGUAGUCGGACAGUGGUGUACAACAAGGGGCUGUGAGUGGUGGCCCGCCGGCCUGGGGCUGGAGCUUGAUCCAGGCCAGGCAGUUGGGGGAGGGGACGGAGUCUCUGGGGCUGCACCUGCGGGGAGGGGCAAGCUAACCCCACCGGUCCUGAGCGCCCCCCCCCCCCCCCCGCAGAGGUAGGGAGACUAAUCUAUUCACAUGUUAACAUACGGGAGAGGAAUUCUGACACAUUUCCUAUAAAAAAUAAUCAAGUGCAUUUCUGGGCCUUAGGUGGGGUUGUCAGAACUCUACUUAGCACAAUUAUGUGUGAAGCUGAAUAUUUGUACAGUGCCCACGGGGUAGAAUUAGGAUCCUUUUAUACUUUGGUUUUCUUUUUUCUUUUUCUUUUUUAUCAGAAUCAAGUCUGAGCCUUGGUUGCCGCUGCCCAGAUGCAGCAGCUGCCGGCGGUGGCCGUACGAGUGGGCCUGGGGGCUGGUGGGUUUGGCAGCGGGCCUGAUAGAUUCACGAUAUUCUGGUGGCCAGGCCCAGUGGCUCCCCGGGCUGGGCUGGG